AGAGUUCAACCUGCCCGCCUUCUGGAGGCAGGAGAAACAAGAUGGCAGAUCAACAAGACAAACGGGACUUGUCUUAGUUAAUCUAACUUUUCCCACUGUUGAUUGCUACAUAUUAAAACUAUAUACAAUUAGCUAGACAAAGCAAUCUAGCUCCCACGCAUUUUUAUGGUUGAUAUAUCAGCUACUAAAAGCGAGAUUUCACAGAUUAGCUGAUUGCUAACUGCCGUUAGACAGCUAAGCUAGGCUAGGCUAAACUAGCUUGUUUCUGUCUGGUCGGAGCGGGGUUAGACUGCUAGGCUAGGCUAAACUAGCUUGUUUCUGUCUGGUCGGAGCGGGGUUAGACUGCUAGGCUAGGCUAAGCUAGCUUGUUUCUGUCUGGUCGGAGCGGGGUUAGACUGCUAGGCUAGGCUAAGCUAGCUUGUUUCUGUCUGGUCGGAGCGGGGUUAGACUGCUAGGCUAGGCUAAGCUAGCUUGUUUCUGUCUGGUCGGAGCGGGGUUAGACUGCUAGGCUAGGCUAAACUAGCUUGUUUCUGUCUGGUCGGAGCGGGGUUAGACUGCUAGGCUAGGCUAAGCUAGCUUGUUUCUGUCUGGUCGGAGCGUAGUGAGACCUGCCAUCAUGCAGGACCUGUUAGCCACCGUGGACCACAUCAAGUUUGAUCUAGAGAUAGCUGUGGAGCAGCAGCUGGGGGCUCAGCCUCUCCCUUUCCCCGGGAUGGACAAGUCCGGGGCUGCUGUGUGUGAGUUCUUCAUGAGAGCUGCCUGUCUCAAAGGUGGGAUGUGUCCGUUCCGUCACAUCAGUGGGGAGAAGACGGUGGUGUGUAAACACUGGCUCAGAGGACUCUGUAAGAAGGGAGACCAGUGUGAGUUCCUGCACGAGUACGACAUGACCAAGAUGCCCGAGUGUUACUUCUACUCCAAGUUCGGAGAGUGCAGUAACAAGGAGUGUCCGUUCCUCCACAUCGACCCAGAGUCUAAGAUCAAAGACUGUCCCUGGUAUGACAGAGGCUUCUGCAAACAUGGUCCAGACUGUAGACAUCGCCACACCAGAAGAGUAAUCUGUAUGAACUACUUGGUUGGUUUCUGUCCAGAGGGCCGGUCCUGUAAAUUCAUGCACCCGCGGUUUGAGCUGCCGAUGGGAGCCACAGAACAGCCUCCUCUACCAGCACAGAUACUGGGUCACCAGAAGCCGUUGCCUUCGCUUGGCCGGUCGUCCCUGUCACUCAUCCAGCUGACCAAUCCUGGGGGAGGUGCAGGUCCUCACCAGCAUCAACACCAUCAACGCCAGCCGUACUCCUCUGGUCCCAGCAUGCAUCAGCACCACAACAACAUGGGAGGAGGGAACAGGGGUCCACGCCCACUAGACCAGGUCACCUGCUACAAGUGUGGUGAGAAGGGCCACUAUGCCAAUAAAUGCACCAAAGGACACCUGGCCUUCCUCAGUGGACAGUAACUCUCUCACAACCCCGUGGAUGGACUCAGUUCAGCUGGAAGACAGCGGAGAGCAGAGCACAGCGUCUGUAGAUUGAGAUGCUAAGUCGUCAGGAACCCUGGACCUCUGGACAGACAGACCUGUUUCUAGAACGGACAGACAGACCUGUUUCUAGAUCGGACCGACAGACCUGUUUCUAGAUCGGACCGACAGACCUGUUUCUAGAACGGACAGACAGACCUGUUUCUAGAUCGGACAGACAGACCUGUUUCUAGAUAGGACAGACAGACCUGUUUCUAGAUCGGACAGACAGACCUGUUUCUAGAACGGACAGACAGACCUGUUUCUAGAACGGACAGACAGACCUGUUUCUAGAACUGGCAGACAGACCUGUUUCUAGAACUGGCAGACAGACCUGUUUCUAGAUCGGACAGACAGACCUGUUUCUAGAACGGACAGACAGACAUGUUUCUAGAACGGACAGACAGACCUGUUUCUAGAACGGACAGACAUACCUGUUUCUAGAACGGACAGACAGACCUGUUUCUAGAACGGACAGACAGACCUGUUUCUAGAUCGGACAGACAGACCUGUUUCUAGAACGGACAGACAGACCUGUUUCUAGAUCGGACAGUGCUUCUGACGCUUUGAUCAAAUCCUUCCGUUGGAUUAACCUUUAACCCCGAGACACUUUUGGGACCCAAGCUGUGAUUGGUACUUCUAUCCAUACAAUUCUGUCAGAUUGCUUCAGGGAGGGUAGAGGAAGUGUGUAACCUAGCCAACCGUGGUUUAUCUGAAGCCUUGAUUUGGGUUCAUCCAUGGACUCAAAUGUUGUUUAACGAUUCGACCCAGGUUUCGAUCAACAUAUUGGAACGAUAUCCGAUCUCCAGACCUUCUUCUUGUAUGUGAGUGAAGAGACUAGUAUACAUUCUAACCCAGGGUCUGACCUGUUGUUCAUCCUGAAUACUCCAUUUUACUGGCUUCAGACUCAACCUUCAAUGAAUUGAAAUAGGACUCUUGAGCUGUGAUGAUGCUGUGUUGGAUCCUUUCACAGCUUUUUCCCCCCGGAGGAGGAGGAGGAGGUGGUGGGGAGAUCUGGUCUGACCGAUCUGUGUUGCCUUUUGUAGAUUACACACAAUUUCAGUAUGUUAUAGUUUUCUAAAAAUACAAUAAACCUGUUCAGGUCAGUCUCUUGUUCCUCCUGGUCUAGUCUGUAAAAUACAAUAAACCUGUUCCUCCUGGUCUGUAAAAUACAAUAAACCUGUUCCUCCUGGUCUAGUCUGUAAAAUACAAUAAACCUGUUCCUCCUGGUCUGUAAAA